GCGUUUAAAAAUAAAAAUAGCCGUAUACUUUUAAUGCGAUUAUUGUUAAACCAAUUUUUGUAAUUUAAUUGACCCAUCUCUUGACCUCUGUUUUUUUUCAUUUCAGUUUAAUUUUUACCACAGUACAUCGUACAUCUCUAAUAACAUCAUGCCUAACAUCGAACUACAAAGCAGUGAGGGAGGUGAUGAAAAUAUUAGUGACCCAGCUGAACCAGAUUUAUCAUCAGAUGAGAGUGAUGGUGAAGAUGGUCCUAAGAGAAAAAGUAAACAAAUUUCUGAUGAUGAAGAAGACAAAGAUGAUCAAAAUGAAGGUUCCGAUCAUGGAGAUUCAGCGGAAAGUGAUAAAAAUAUUAGUGACCCAGCUGUACCAGAUUUGUCUUAUGAAAGUGACGGUGAAGAUGGCCCUACAAAGAAAAAACAAAUCUCUGAUGAUGAAGAAGAUAAAGAAGAACAAAAUGAAGGAUCUGAUCCUGGAGAUUUAGAGGAAAGUGAUAAAAAUAUUAGUGACCCAGCUAUACCAGAUGAAACAUCCUUUGAAAGUGAUGGUGAAGAUGCCCCUACCAAGAAAAGAAAACGAAUUUCUGAUGACGAAGAAGAUAAAGAUGAACAAAAUGAAGGGUCCGAUCACGGAGAUGCAGAGGAAGGUGAUAAAAGCAUUAGUGACCCAGCUAUACCAGAUUUAUCAUCAGAUGAAAGUGAUGGGGAAGAGGGUCCUAAGAAAAAACGAAAACUAAUUUCCGAUGAUGAAGAAGAUAAAGAUGAACAAAAUGAAGGGUCCGAUCACGGAGAUGCAGAGGAAGGUGAUAAAAAUAUUAGUGAACCAGCUGUACCAGAUUUAUCAUCAGAUGAAAGUGAUGGUGAAGGUGGCAUUAGGAAAAAAAGAAAAAAAAUUUCUGACGACGAAGAAGAUAAAGAUGAAGAACCCAGAGAGGAAUCUGGUCAAGCUGAUGGUGAUGAGGAAGGAAACAAAACAAACGAUCCAGCAGUUCCAGAUUUGUCUACUGACGACGAAAGCGACGAUGAAGAUAAAAGAAGGAGUAAAGUCUCGGAUGAUUUCGUUUAUGACUUUGAUCUUAUGAUGGCUAAAAAGAAGGAAGAAAGUUACCAUCGAAGGAAGAGGAAAAAUAUAGACAUUAUCAACGAUAACGAUGACAUCAUUGCUGAUUUAGUUACACAGAUGAAACAAUCAGCAGACGACGAUUUUGAGCUUAACAAAAAUAGGAAAGCAGCUACCUGUAAACUAAAACUAUUGCCAAUUGUGGAACCACAGUUGCGGAAAAUUGAUCUUAGAGAAGCAUUUCUGGAUGCUGGAGUUCUUGGGGUUAUUACAGAUUGGCUCACUCCAUUACCUGAUAGAAGUUUACCAAAUUUACAAGUGAGAGAAACAAUGCUCAAGCUACUCGGAGAAUUUAAUAUAAUGGAUGUUGAAAGAUUAAAAGCUAGUGGAAUUGGUAAAGCUGUCAUGUAUCUUUAUAAGCACCCUAAAGAAUCCAAAGAGAACAAGAGACGCGCUGGCGUUUUGAUCUCUUCCUGGUCUCGACCCAUAUUCAGCUUGGAUUCUGAUUUCCAUACAAUGUCAAAAGAAGAAAGAGAACAGCGAGAUUUCGAUCAUAUGACAAAACUCUCUGAAAAUAAAAGAGUUCGAGUUGAACCCCCCACUACCCCAUCUUCAAGUCGUAAAAGCCAACAAGAGCCAGAAAAAACUUUGAGGCCUGGUGACAAAGGUUGGAUUCCCAGAGCUCGUGUACCAGCUCCAUCAACCCGUGACUAUGUUGUUCGACCCAAAUCAAACGUAGAUUCAGAUAUGACAAAAUCUGGUAGCAAGAAGGCCGUCACUCGACUAGAUAAGCAUCUUCGCAAUUUCCGAGAAAAGAAGAAAUUAAUGAAAACACAAAGAGCUGUAGCCAUUAGCAUUGAAGGACGCAGGAUGAGCCUUUAAUAUUUAAUUAAAUCGUCUAUUAUCCCUCUAUUUUUCUCUUUUAUCAUUUUCUUUCUCCCAACUCUAACUCGUAUUGAAGAUUCAUUAUUUUCUUUAUUAUAUAAGUUGACCUUACAAAAGGUUUAUAUCCUUCUAUCCAGCUUAUUGUUCCCUAAUCAUUUAUUUUUUAAAUCCUUCACUUGAAGAUCUAUUCUGAUAAUGUAUGAAAUUAAGUAUCUAUGAUGCAAUAAAUGAUUGGAUA